UCAUUACCCUUUGAUGAAUUUUGAUGGCUGUUACCGUUUUGACUUAUUUUGAUAACAGUAAAAGUAAAUAAAAAUAAAACAUCUACAAUGGUCGAAAAACUAGCCGGCGAUUAUUCAAAAUACUUUCAAAAUUGCAAUGUCGAAAAAGAGAUUAACCCACUUUGCUUGAGCAUAGAGGAAACUCUAACCAGACUAGAUGAGUUCGAAACUCUCCUCACAAGUGUUAAAAUCGAAACGAAUUCAACGAUGGAAAAUAAUGUCGUGCCACUACUUGCCUUCAAAGAAAACUUCCAAAAUCUUUGUGAAAGAAUUGACAAGCUAGAGAAUUUCAUUGAUGUAGUCAAUGAAAAUGUUAAUUCUGUUGAGAAGUCUAUUGAAAUAGCGGAGGAAGAGCUUGGGGUCACAGAUUAUAGUUUGAAAGGUCUCCUAUUUAAGCCAUUAUUCUCAAGAGCGAAAAAUAUUGAUGGCGAGAUCAGAAGUAAUCUAAAAGAUGAUGAAUUUCAAAAAGUUGCCUUAUUCAAUACGUCGGACUAUUUUCCACCAACCGAUGAAACGAUGGCACUAGAAACGUAUGAAUAACACGUAAGUAGGAUUUUGAUUAAAUGGCCAGAGAUAUGCCAAUUAAUGCUAACAAAUAUGCAUUUUUGUAUUUGUGAUGAUUUCAAAAUAAAAUUGAAUGGAUGAAAUACUUAAAUAAAUAAAAAUUGUUCAAAUAUAUUUGAACUUAAUUUAUACACAUA